AUGGCUCCCGCCCCAACCACUUUGAACAGCAGCGACCACGACGUGCUCCUGCUCCAGCCGUCCACGUCGCCUCUCCCGCCCACGGCCGCCCCAUCGAAACAACCGCAGCCGCAACAACAGCCGCAGCAGCCACUGGCGACGCUGUCGAUGGCGCUGCCCACGCGCCGCCCACUGACCGCCGACGCCGACGGCGAGCCCGCAACGCUCGAGAAGAUGGCCGCGGCCGUGACGACGCUGCUCGAGUGCCUGGGCGAAGAUCCGCAGCGCGAGGGGCUGCGCAAGACGCCGCUGCGUAUGGCCAAAGCGCUGCUGUUCAACACGAAGGGGUACGGCCAGAGCCUGGCGGACGUGCUGAACGAGGCCGUGUUUGAAGAAGACCACGACGAGAUGGUCAUUGUGCGCGACAUUGACCUGUACUCCAUGUGCGAGCACCACAUGGUGCCGUUCACGGGCAAAGUCCACAUUGGCUACAUCCCCAAUGGCAAAGUCCUGGGACUAAGCAAACUCGCGCGCGUGAGCGAAGUGUUUGCUCGGCGGCUGCAGGUUCAAGAGCGCCUGACGAAGCAGAUUGCCACGGCCAUUAUGGGCGUCAUUCAGCCAAAGGGCGUAGCUGUUGUCAUUGAAGCGACGCACAUGUGUAUGGUCAUGCGCGGCGUCGAGAAGAGUGGCGCGAGCACGGUCACGAGCUCGGUGCUGGGCGUGUUUAAGAGCGACCCACGGACCAGGAGUGAGUUCAUGGCGCUGAUCCACAGCAGGCGAUAG